GCACCUUGCGGCGUCGGCCGAGGGGAGACGGCGGCUGGGCCGGGGUGGCGGUCCCCAAGGCUUCCCACCGGAGUUGCCCAUCCCAUAUCCUCCGUGGAUCCGCCCUUGCCUUGUCCUCGAUUGCUGGGCGCUCACGGGCGGACCGAUCGACAGCAUCGCGGCAGGAGAUGAGGCUGUGACAGGGUUGGCAACACAAUGGCGGGAAACAGCCUAGUCCUACCCAUCGUUCUUUGGGGACGAAAAGCACCAACACACUGUAUUUCAGCUGUGCUUUUAACAGAUGAUGGGGCCACCAUCAUCACAGGAUGCCACGAUGGGCAGAUAUGUCUCUGGGAUGUUUCAACAGAACUGGAAGUUAAUCCCAGGGCACUGCUGUUUGGUCACACAGCUUCAAUCACUUGUUUGUCGAAAGCUUGUGCCUCCAGUGACAAACAGUAUAUUGUGAGUGCAUCUGAAAGCGGAGAGAUGUGCCUUUGGGACGUGACUGAUGGCAGAUGUAUUGAAUUCACAAAGUUGGCCUGCACACACACUGGCAUACAGUUCCACCAGUUCUCCGCUGGGAAUCAGCGAGAAGGGAGGCUCUUAUGCCACGGGCAUUACCCUGAGAUCCUCGUGGUGGAUGCCACCAGCCUGGAGGUGUUGUACUCCUUAGUGUCAAAGAUCUCUCCAGACUGGAUCAGCUCCAUGAGGAUUAUCCGAUCGCACCGAACACAAGAGGACACGGUGGUGGCUCUCUCUGUGACCGGCAUCUUGAAGGUGUGGAUCGUGACAUCCGAGAUAAGUGGCUUGCAGGACACUGAGCCCAUAUUUGAGGAGGAAUCCAAGCCAAUUUAUUGUCAGAAUUGCCAGAGCAUUUCCUUUUGUGCGUUCACCCAUAGGUCACUGUUGGUUGUGUGCUCCAAGUACUGGAGGGUGUUUGAUGCUGGAGACUACUCCCUCCUGUGCUCGGGGCCCAGCGAAAACGGACAGACGUGGACUGGGGGCGACUUUGUCUCCGCGGAUAAAGUCAUCAUUUGGACUGAGAAUGGACAAAGUUAUAUUUACAAACUGCCUGCCAGUUGCCUUCCAGCUAGUGACUCAUUCCGCAGUGAUGUGGGGAAAGCAGUUGAAAAUUUAAUUCCUCCUGUACAGCAUAGCCUCCUGGAUCGAACCGAUAAAGAGUUACUAAUUUGUCCACCUGUUACUCGGUUUUUCUAUGGAUGCAAGGAAUACUUCCAUAAACUUUUAAUUCAGGGUGAUUCUUCUGGAAGAUUGAAUAUUUGGAAUAUAUCAGACACCCUUGAGAAACAGGAAGGCGAAGAACUGGAGAUGACAACCUCUGUUAGUUUGCAAGAGGCGUUUGAUAAACUGCAUCCUUGUCCUGCUGGAAUUAUAGAUCAGCUCAGUGUGAUUCCCAAUAGUAACGAACCUCUUAAAGUCACGGCGAGUGUGUACAUCCCAGCGCAUGGGCGACUCGUUUGUGGUCGUGAAGAUGGCAGCAUAAUUAUUGUACCCGCCACACAGACAGCCAUUGUGCAGCUGCUCCAGGGCGAGCACAUGCUCCGAAGAGGCUGGCCACCUCACAGGACUCUCCGUGGUCAUCGGAACAAAGUCACCUGUCUGCUGUACCCUCAUCAGGUCUCGCCACGAUAUGAUCAAAGAUAUCUCAUCUCUGGCGGCGUGGACUUUUCAGUCAUCAUUUGGGACAUAUUUUCUGGAGAAAUGAAACAUAUCUUCUGCGUCCAUGGUGGCGAGAUUACUCAACUUCUCGUUCCACCCGAAAACUGUAGUGCCAGAGUGCAGCACUGCAUCUGUUCGGUAGCCAGUGACCACUCUGUAGGGCUCCUCAGCCUGCGAGAGAAAAAAUGUAUUAUGCUGGCGUCGCGGCACCUUUUCCCUAUCCAAGUCAUCAAGUGGAGGCCUCCUGAUGACUACCUGGUUGUAGGAUGCUCGGACGGCUCUGUGUACGUCUGGCAGAUGGACACUGGUGCGUUGGAUCGGUGUGUGAUGGGGAUAACAGCAGUGGAGAUUCUGAAUGCUUGUGAUGAAACCGUUCCUGCGGCUGUUGAUUCCCUCAGCCAUCCUGCCGUCAACCUAAAGCAAGCCAUGACAAGACGCAGUCUAGCUGCUCUUAAAAAUAUGGCCCAUCAUAAGCUGCAAACCCUUGCAACUAACCUUUUGGCAUCCGAGGCAUCUGACAAAGGGAAUUUGCCUAAAUAUUCCCACAAUUCCCUGAUGGUCCAAGCAAUAAAGACAAACAUAACUGAUCCGGAUGUCCACGUACUCUUCUUUGACGUGGAAGCGUUGAUUAUUCAGCUCCUAACCGAAGAAGCCUCCAGGCCGAAUACUGCCCUGAUUUCCCCAGAGAAUUUGCAGAAAGCAUCUGGCAGUUCAGACAAAGGGGGCUCCUUUCUCACUGGGAAGCGAGCAGCAGUCCUCUUCCAACAAGUGAAAGAAACCAUCAAAGAGAACAUAAAGGAACAUCUUCUGGACGACGAAGAGGAGGAUGGAGAGUUACUGAGGCAGCGACGGGAAGAAAGCGAUCCUGAAUAUCGGUCCAGCAAGUCCAAGCCCUUGACCCUGUUAGAAUAUAACUUGACAAUGGACACUGCCAAACUGUUCAUGUCCUGCCUUCACGCCUGGGGUCUGAAUGAAGUCCUGGAUGACAUCUGCCUUGACCGCCUUGGGAUGCUGAAACCCCAUUGCGCGGUUUCCUUUGGGCUCUUGUCCAGAGGGGGACACAUGUCACUGAUGCUCCCUGGUUAUAAUCAGGCUGCCUGCACCCUGGCUCCUGCGGAAGCAGAUGCAGGCAGGACGCUGCUGGCCACUGAAGGAGUAGGAAAGGGAACCUAUGGAGUGUCCCGGGCUGUCACCACGCAGCACCUCCUAUCUAUCAUCUCUCUGGCAAAUACUCUAAUGAGUAUGACCAAUGCCACCUUUAUUGGCGAUCACAUGAAGAAGGGCCCAACCAGGCCACCUAGACCGAGCACCCCAGACCUUUCUAAAGCAAGAAGUUCCCCUCCAACUUCCAGUAACAUUGUGCAAGGACAGAUUAAACAAGUCGCGGCACCUGUCGUUUCUGCUCGGUCUGAUGCCGACCACUCUGGCUCUGCCCCUGCCUCUACUCCUGCUUUCCAUACCUGUUUCUUAGUAAAUGAAGGAUGGAGUCAGUUGGCUGCUAUGCACUGUGUCAUGCUACCGGACCUGCUGGGAUUGGAGAGAUUCAGGCCUCCACUUCUAGAGAUGCUGGCGCGGAGAUGGCAAGACCGAUGCUUAGAGGUCCGGGAAGCUGCACAGGCCCUGCUUCUAGCAGAACUGAGAAGAAUCGAGCAAGUGGGACGGAAGGAAACCAUCGAUGCCUGGGCUCCCUAUUUACCGCAGUAUAUGGACCACGUCAUAUCACCUGGAGUUACAGCAGAAGCCAUUCAGACCAUCACUGCUGUUCCGGACACCUCAGGGACAGAGACCAAGGUCCAGGAGGAAGAGCAUGACCUUGUGGAUGAUGACAUCACCACUGCUUGCCUGUCAAGCGCUCCACAGAUGAAAAAAAUGUCCACAUCGUAUGAGGAGAGACGGAAGCAAGCUACCGCUAUAGUUUUACUGGGAGUGAUAGGAGCUGAAUUCGGUGCUGAAAUUGAACCUCCUAAACUGUUGACCAGACCUCGAAGCUCUAGUCAGAUCCCCGAGGGAUUCGGUUUGACUAGCGGUGGAUCCAACUACUCACUGGCCAGGCACACAUGCAAAGCACUGACGUUUCUGCUGCUGCAGCCCCCAAGUCCCAAACUGCCCCCACACAGCACAAUCCGGAGGACCGCUACUGACCUCAUCGGCCGAGGCUUCACCGUCUGGGAACCGUACAUGGACGUGUCGGCUGUGCUGAUGGGGCUUCUCGAGCUGUGCGCUGAUGCCGAGAAACAGCUGGCCAACAUCACAACAGGGCUUCCUCUGAGCCCAGCAGCUGACUCAGCCCGCUCAGCGAGGCACGCCCUCUCCCUCAUUGCCACCGCCAGGCCGCCCGCCUUCAUCACCACCAUAGCCAAAGAGGUACACAGACAUACUGCACUUGCAGCAAAUGCCCAGUCGCAGCAGAGCAUCCACACCACCACUCUGGCUCGAGCAAAAGGGGAGAUUCUGAGAGUCGUUGAAAUUCUCAUUGAAAAGAUGCCCGCAGACGUGGUGGAUCUCCUCGUGGAGGUCAUGGACAUCAUCAUGUACUGCCUUGAAGGCUCUCUGGUCAAAAAGAAAGGUCUUCAGGAGUGCUUCCCAGCCAUCUGCAGGUUCUACAUGGUCAGCUAUUAUGAGCGGAAUCACAGAAUCGCGGUUGGAGCUCGCCAUGGUUCAGUGGCCCUGUACGACAUCCGGACUGGAAAAUGUCAGACAAUUCAUGGACACAAGGGACCGAUCACGGCGGUGGCCUUUGCUCCUGAUGGACGAUAUCUUGCCACCUAUUCCAACACUGACAGCCACAUUUCUUUCUGGCAGAUGAACACCUCACUCCUGGGAAGCAUCGGCAUGCUGAAUUCGGCCCCUCAGCUGCGCUGUAUCAAAACCUACCAGGUGCCCCCAGUGCAGCCCGCCUCCCCCGGCUCCCACAACUCGCUCCGACUGGCCCGCCUCAUCUGGACCUCCAACCGCAAUGUCAUCCUGAUGGCCCACGACGGCAAGGAGCACCGCUUCGUGGUCUGAGGCCCCGUUGCCAGCUGCUGCUGGAGCCCCGCCCUGCCCUGCACUGCGUGCACCUGCCCACACGGGCAUCACAGGGCAGGCCUGUCCGCAGCACUUCUGCACGGUUCUGGGCAGACCCGACUUGCCACUCAUUGACUAGAGCAUGCGCACAGUGCCACCAGACGUGGCCGCCCCAUCAUUGCGUGGUUUUCCCACCCCGUAUAGGUGGGGCAAGGCGGUGGUUGGUCCCCAUUAUUGGGCGCCACAGAAGCCUGGCAAUCAGUCAACACUGUGAUUGCAAUCCCAGCCCAGGUCAGAGGUUUCAGGGACACCCCUCCCCCAAAGCACGCCGGAACUGCCCUCAUGACAUUGGUUUGGAGGUAUGGUGGCCUUCAGAAUGACCGAAGUUCUUCUUUAGGUUACCUGAAACAUACUGUUGUUUACCAAGAAAGUUCUGUGUUUACAUGUUCCUGGUUUUCUUUCUCUCUCUCUCUCUCUCUCUCUCUCUCUCUCGCAGACUCCCUCCCUUCUUUCCCUCCUUCCCUACCUGCCUUUGUCCAUCCGUCCACCGAUCCAUCCAUCCUUCUAAUGGGGAACAGUGUAAUUCCAUGUGUUUGCCUUCUUUCUUCCCCUCCAGUGAUAGCUAGGAAAAUCAUCUCAUUCCCGAGAGUUGAGCCACAGCUUUCAGAAUAGCCAAGUGAUUUGAGCCUCAUGAGAAAACAGCAAAGAGAAAUGCUUGCCCUGCAGAGCAUACAUUUGUCAGGACAACGCAGCCACCUCACAGGCUCACGUCCUGCACAAGUGGCCAUGCAUUCGGUGGUCUCACAUUCAGGUCCUCACUGCUUAUGAUCUAGAUGUUAACCAGGCAGUGGAACCAUCCCUUAAGGAACUAGCUUUUGUCAUAAAGAAGUAAGCUUGGAAGCAGAUAUUUUUGUUUAACUUAGACCCUGCCUGACCCUUUCCUCAGAAGCUUCCCGAAGCUGCAACCCCGUGCGUGUGACAGAUGUGCCCAUAUCACAGAGUCAUCACAGGCCAGCCUUCAAGCAUCCAGCGGUCAGUUCAAGGACAGCAAAGAAGCCAUCUCUUUCAAACAGGUCCCCUAGAAAGUUAAUUUCAGGACUGUAGACCCCGAGAGUCAGUAGUGGGACACACAUUGCAGCGGGCGUUCCCAUUUCCUCCUGGUGGCACAUGACGCUGGGUCCUGCUCAUCGUCAUGGGGAGAGAAAAUUGAUCACAUACUUUGUAUGAAUUAUUCCUAACAAACUUUAAUCUGUAUGUAAUUUGGGGGUUGGCUGGUUAAGUAAAAUGGUCUCUUAAAGACAGAAGAAAUAAUUUCUUACAGUUCAGUGAAGACCAGGCCGGGCCCCCAGAGGAACCCAAACAGAGUGGGGCAUUUACUGUAAGAAGGAAGUCAGGGUGUAGGUGAUGCACAGACGCCUGGCCGGGCGCCUUCUGCUGUGGACUCCUCUCCUCGGGAAGGCAGUACGCAGUGAGGACCGUAGGAACGCCCCUUUCGUGCUGCUGUGACGUGUGCUGUGCCCUCCAGGGACAGAUGUGUGGACCGCCCUUUGUUUUAGACUCUGGGUGUGCUCUCAGAAGUGACUAUGCCCCGUGCAUGUACAUUAUAUUUAUAAAGAUGUAUGCAGUUUGAAGUGACUAUGCCCCGUGCAUGUACAUUAUAUUUAUAAAGAUGUAUGCAGUUUCCAGGGACGAAGCGAAGCUCUGUCUCUCGCCAACCUUGUGUGGUAACCAUGCUAUUGCAUUCGGUAGAGACAUAGAGAUGUGUGGUAACCAUGCUAUUGCAUUCGGUAGAGACAUAGAGAUGUGUGGUAACCAUGCUAUUGCAUUCGGUAGAGACAUAGAAAUGUGUGGUACAGUGGAGGUGCAUUUUCUUUUUUUGGGGGGGAGGGGACUCCCCAAGUCUUUUCUGUACCCAGCACCCGUUUACUUCACAAGCCUAAAUGAGAAUUAAUUUAUUCCUGACUACACAGCUGUUGUGGAGUGAUGGGUAGAAGUAUACCUUAGAGAGUUUGGGGGGAAUUUUUUUUUUUUUUCAUUGUAUCAGAAAAAUGGCGCCCGGGACCAGAGGCAGGGCCCCACACAUGCACGUGUGGCCGCCCCGUGGACACGGCAGCAAAGCCGUGUGGCCAGACGAGGGGGUAGCCGGUGGCAGAAGCAGGCCCACCUUACACCCUCUGCUGCAUACACAGGUGACUGGCCAAUAGGGCACUGUGUUGGUACCACUCUGGGGGGUGGGUAAGCCCCAGCUGUGAGACCGGGCGCCUCUAACUGCCCCACCAACAGUUGCGUUCUUGUUACCACAGACCUCUUUGUGGCUCUUUGGGCAGCCACAGCCCCCGACCUGCCCCAGUGUGGACCGCUCGCACUGACGUGCAUGCUCUGUAUUGUCCCCCAGUGGAGGCGCUUAGUGUUCUCUUGAUUUUGUUGGCACUGUAUUUGGACUUGUCCUUGUAAAUGGAAAGACCUACGUGGCUUCACGGGUAAUUUCCAAGCAAAAGAUGGCAUGGCGCGGCACGUGUCUGCCAAUGUUGUCAUGAUGGAAGUCACUGUAUAGCGAGCGAAUUAUUAACAUGCCUCUCCAGACUUUUCCUGAGGGUUCCUCUGCAUAGAUUCUCCCCGUCGCCGUGUGUAAAAUAAAAACAAAUCGUACCGAGA